CCCAUUUCUAUAAAUAGCAACUGUAUAACCAGUUAUGGUGGAAAACAAAGAUGGACACUCAAGUUUCAUUCCAGAACGAUAUUGUCGAUCCGAAGUCGAAUCUUCCUAUGCCACAUCUAUCUUUUCUCAUCAAUUUUUUGUUACCAAAGCGUCUGGUUGGUCUAAAAAGAACUGAGCGCCAACUUGAGUAUUUAAAAAAUUUUGUAGAUAAAGAUCCUGAAGUUGACAAAGAAUUCUUUAAACUUAUUUUGGUUGGAAGUGUAUCAGAAGGUUACAAUAUCCCUGAUGUAAUGUUAAGGUCAAAUCCGUUCAAAGUUGAAACACACGCUGAUGCCGACAUUUUACUUGAGAUACCUGCUAUGCUGGUUUCUGUAGAUAGAUCAGAAGAAAUUCAGAAACUCCGUUUGGUCGUACUUGACGUUCAUCCUGGAUAUGCCCGUAUAGAAGUAACUAAGCCGAAAGAAGAUGAUGAUUCAUUCGUAUUUUUGGAAAGAGAAAACAAAUUUUACCUGAGUGGAUCGAAAAUGCAGACAAAAAUAUUAGCAUCACUCCCUGCAGAUCUGGAGCCACAUGGUCCUGCAAUUUCAACCCAAGUUCCAACAGCCCCUGCAUGGCAGGACAUAAUGAAACACAUAAAAUCGGAUAAAAAGUCUGAACUACAUUCUCAUGAUUAUGUUUAUGCUUUGCCUUGCAAUAAAUGGCCAGAUUGCGCAAAAUUAUGGAUUGAUAGGCAGGAAAGAGGGGAUUGGUUGGACAAUAUAACAAUUAAUCAAGUGGUGGAGUUGGGUGUUCAUGUAGUGGCAGUUCCACACAGGAAAAGUGAACUUCCAGAUUUAGAAUGGAGAAUAUCGUUUGCUGUAACAGAAAGAUAUUUAGCUCAGAAGAUCAUAACCGACGAACAAAGGCAGUGCUAUGUAUUCCUUAAAAUCAUUCAUUUUCAAACAUUGAAAAAAUUAGACCUGUUGUCAUCUUAUCAUUUGAAAACAGUGUUUCUGCACUCCUGUGAGAAACUUCCAAUAAAUGCCUGGGUUGAGAAUUGUGGAGGAUGUCUUUUAUUUAUGAUAGACAUGCUUGUCGAAUGUUUGAGUAAGAAAUUGUUACCUUACUUCUUCAUACCAGAAAACAAUCUCAUUGACCAUUUUACCGAAGAACAAGCAAAAGAAGUUCUGGAUGUUUUGAAAUCCAUACGCGAGAACCCAUUAAAUCCUGUUUUACAGUUUACGGACAGUAAAGUAAUGGGCUUACAAAGUUUGUCUACUCCAUUUAGAGAGCUUGUGUCUCCAGUCUUAGAAGAUGCCGUAGAUUUUCUCGUCCAUCGCAAUCUCCAACAAUCUGUAACAGCCGGGUUUUUAUCGGCCUUAUUUAAAAUGGUGUACGUUUUAGUCAUUGAAAGAAAGCCAGAAGAAGCUGUCCUGUAUAUUAUUGAUGUUUAUCCAAUUAUAAACAAAUUCAGCCCAGGUGCCAUCAGUGUCGCACAAAUUGUCGAUUCUAUUGGUAUGAAUUUCGUAUCUGAUAUUCAACUGACAGUGAAUCUUUUAGAAGAAGUUCUGAAAUUUUCCGAUGAUCAUCCAGAUGUUUUACUGCUACGAGGAAACUUAGCUUGCAUGUUCCAUGCGUUAGCAUACCAACACCAACCUGACACAGAUGAACACAUGUUAGCACUUGUUCAAGCCGAAACUCUUUUUAAUACCGUGGUGGACGUGGAAGAUAUAUAUUCAGCUACAGCUGUAGACUUCAGCUGUCUUUUAAUACGACAGGGUCGGUUUGACGAGGCAGCUGAAAAACUUGAUCGUUUCAUCGCUGAAGAAUUGAAACAUCCGAGAAGUACACAUUGCUUUUAUAAGAAGGAAAUAACCGUACUUGACCAAACUCUUCAGAAGGAAGCCAACGUCCACGGAAAAUUGUCAGUUAAUUCUCUUUCCAUGGCGUACUAUCUUUUGGUAAAAUGUAUUAUAAAGGAUGAUUUGACUUCAGCUGACCCAGAAGUUUAUAAUAAAAUCUUGCAGUACUUCAGCCGACAUUGUCAUCUUAUCAACGAGUCUUCUUCGUUUUCGCUUCUUGGCUAUACGAACAUUCUAAUUGAGGACUGGCAAGCGGCAAUCACAGCUUUUGAGAUGGCAAUGGAGACGUGUAACGGGUCUGUUCGACUGGUUAAAGAUAAUAUUGCGUUUUGCAACUCAAAUCUUCACCAUAGUAAUGACAAGUAAAUAAAAUGCUACGCAAGCGUAACAAUUUUGUUAUAGCUAAUAUAAAUAUAAAGACUUCGUCUUAAGUUUUACCCUUGUCCGUCUGUACUUACGUACGUACGUACGUCCGUCCAUACGUCCCAAAAUUGGUUUCCGUUCUCUAACUUGAGUUUGCCUCAACUAAAUGUUAUGAAACUUAUACACAAUGCUUAUUACCACAAAACACAGAUCAAGUUUGAAUUUUGGUGGCGUCACUGUAACCGUUCUAGAGUUAUGCCCCUUUAUAAAUGGAAAAAUUGGAAAAAUUUUAGUUUCCGUUCUCUAACUUAAGUUUGCCUCAACCAAAUGUUAUGAAACUUAUACACAGUGCUCAUUACCACAAAACACAGAUCAAGUUUGAAUUUUGGUGGCGUCACUUUAACCGUUCUAGAGUUAUGCUCCUUUAUAAAUGGAAGAAUUGCAAAAUUUUAAGUUUCCGUUUUCUAACUUAAGUUUGCCUCAACCAAAUAUUAUGAAACUUAUACACAAUGCUUAUUAUCACAAAACACAGAUCAAGUUUGAAUUUUGGUGGAGUCACUUUAACCGAUCUAGAGUUAUGCCCCUUUAUAAAUGGAAAAAUUGCAAAAUUUUUAUUUUCUUGUAAAUAUCAAGUAAUUUAUAUUAAAAUUGGAGUUAUCUUCCUUUGUUCAUGAUUAUAGUUGAAUCAACUACAAUCAAUGCUUUAUACAAUGCAAUGUUUAAUUUUUACUUCCACUGAUAAAACACAGAUCAAGUUGAAUAUGGGUAGUGUCACUUUUACCAUUAUUGAGUUAUGCCCCUUUUAAAUCGAAAGAUUGCAAAAUUUUUAGUUUCCAUUCUGUAACUUAAGUUUACCCCAACCAAACAUUAUGAAACCUAUACACAAUAUUCAUUACCACAAAACUAAGAUCAAGUACAAAUUUUUGGUUUCCGUUUUCUAACUUUAGUUUGCCUCAACCAAAUGUUAUGAAACUUAUACACAAUGCUUAUUACUAAAUAAUACAGAUUAAGUACGAAAUAAUGUGGCGACACUUUUACCAUUCUUGAGUUAUGUCCCUUUAUAAACAUAAAAAUUGCUGAAUUUUUUAGUUUGUUUCAACCAAAUGUUAUAAAACUUAUACACAACCGUUCUAGAGUUAUGCGUGUUUACAAAUAGAAAAAUUGCUAAAUUUUUAGUUUCUGUUCUCUACUUAAGUUAGCCUAAACCAAAUGUUAUGAGACUUACACACAAUGCUUAUUACCACAAAACUCCCAGAUCAAGUUCAAAUUUGGGUAGCGUCACUUUUACCGUUCUUCAGUUAUGUCCCUUUAUAAAUAUAUGAUAUGCAAGCGGGGACAUCAUCUGUGUCCACAUGUGGACACUAUCCACAUUUAUUUUGGAUAAAUUAACUGCAUUUUUACAAUUAUAGAAUACGCUAGAAUUUUUAACUCAUUUUACUUGCUUAGUGAAUAUUGAAAGAAAUGAAAUACAAACGCAUCUUCUAUGUUAUCGGUAGGGUUCGUUUAUCAGUAAAAUUAUGCAUAUUGAAUAUGAAUCAUAAAACAAAGCAGUUAAAGAAAUAGAUAUCCGUGCUUGUUCAAACUUAAAAGGGAAUUUAACCUCCACAGAAAGUUCAGAUCUCCUUGCAAAAUUUCAACACCUGCUUUGCUUGGCGUAUAAAAUCAUAAACAACGAUAUGGAAAACACGACUUCCUGUGCUAUUUGACAUCCCAUAAUACAAUGUAAAUGACUUUUGGACUUUUUAAAUAGAUUUUACAAUUCGUCCGUUGUCUAUACAGAUGACUGGAAUAUGUAUUUGCGGAAGAGUGAAAUAUUAAAGUUCUUUUUAAGGAAUCAGAGAUGUACGAACGGACUAUAACUAUUACGCAAACCAUCAGUGACUACAGAAACAAAAGAUAUACUCUUGAUGAAGUACACACUUUCAAGAGCAUAUGACUAUUUUCAUGUUAAACUUCACCGACUAAUUAUUAUAUUGAAAUAGUGGUGUUUGUGAAAGAUUCUAUCACUAUGGUAGUCAUCAAUUUUAUUAACCACCCAUUGUGCCACAGGAAGGCUUAUCUACCUAGUAUCUAUAAUUGAUCAGGCAACAGACACAGACACUUUCUUUGGAUUCUGUUAUAACAGUUUACUUGACAUAUAUAAUGAUAUGGAUUUCUUUGCGCAUAGCACCUGCGUGUUAUGUAUCCUCGCGAACAGAAACAUGUAUUCAAAUAUCUUUAUAUAACAUCUAAA